AUGAGCUCUCAACCUAGUGGAUCAAGCUCAGAAAGAAUCGUUGUGAAUUGGUUGACUGGGCAAGUCAAUUAUGACCAAUGGAAGAGAAAACCUGCUAAUGCUAUUAUCAAGGCAACUCUUUGCUCAGAAAUACAAAGCAUACUCAUAUCAAAUGGUAUCACUCAUGAAUCAAUUCACAAUAUACAAGGACAAAUAGCGCACCUUCACAAAAAUUACAAACAAAGAAAAGGAAGAGCCAUGUUUGUCUACUUUAAUGAACUUGAUCCAUCUUUCUUGAAUGACACAGACGUUGAACAUGUCCUGAAUGUACGCUCUGGUCAUGCAUCCAUGACAGUGCUUAAUUUGAUGCAUCAAGAGCAUGAGAAUGUAGAAGUUGCAGAAGACGAUGAUGAGACUGGUGAAGAAAGCAAAGAUAAAGAUGAUAAGGAGAUCGAAGAAGUAGACAGACAGGUAGUUGCUAGGUAUCUUUCUGCAGCAACUACUGUAGGAAAUAAUUGCCCUUCCAAACGGGCUCAUACAAAUAUUGACAAGAGUCUCUUUGAGUUUAUGAAGAGAUCUAGCGAUCUGGAAAGGAAGAAAAUAGAAAGAGUUGAGAGACAGUUAAAAUUUGAGACCAAAAUUCAAAGCAGGUGGUUAGAGAUUGAAGAAAGACAGAUUGUUGUAAAAGAAAAGAAUGCAGAGAUCUGCAAAAGAAAACUAGACCUUGAUGAAAGGGAGAUUGCCCUGGAACAAGACAAAAUACAAAUUGAUAAAUCCAGGACACAAAUUCAACAUGCCGAAAUGCUCAAAGGCUUAUGA